CAGACAGGUCUUUCGGCCUCCAUGACAUGUCUUCCAUUGUGUACGGGAAGUUGCUCGACAUGAGACACUUCUGAUCAGAGAAGAGGCAUAUAUGAUUGAAGUCUGAACUUGUUCUACUAUUGAGCAGCAUCAUCAUCAUUACAUCAUCUUUAACCUCCCACCCCCUCAGCUCAGUCUCGGGUACUCAGUCGCCGAAGUCGUAUCGCCAUUCCGCAUCAAUUUUGUUAUCAGACGUUGUCAUUUUACUAUUAGGUGCAACGGACUUUUCUCUUAUGUGUACGUCAAUUUGUGUCAAGAUGAAUAGCUUGAAGGCGUUUAAGGAGCCAUUCGAUAGAAUCAUCUCUGAACCAGUGGAGGACACAGAUACUAGUAGCUUCAUGGCAGAAAUGUCCUUGAAGUCCAACUAUCCAGUCCAAGUCACAGAACCUCAAGAUACAGUGACACUGCAGCUGAGGUCCAUGCCACCUGGCUACCUUACACCUCUCUCAGACAGAAUAAGACAGCCAGUGGAAGAUGGUGUAGAGUGCAUCUGCACAGGCUCCAUCUCACCAGACUUCCCCAAGGAGCUGCAGUUCUUGAACAACCAAUGUGAGAAGUGCUGCUGCUCAGCUCCACCUCCAAAGAUCAGUGACCUAAUGGAUGACAACGACUUGCUUGACUUACUGCGUCUUAAACUGGAUCCAAAUCAUUGCACUGUCAAGAACUGGAAGAACUUUGCGAGCCGUUGGGGUAUGAGCUAUGAUGAGCUGACUCUGCUGGAGCACCGGACCCAGGGCUCAAUGUGCCACAGCCCCACACAAGAGUUCCUGCUGCGCAACAACCACAAGACCGUCACUGAGCUCACCGAACUUUGCCGGGUCUACCAGCGCAUUGAUGUGCUGCGGCUUCUGCAACGCUGGAUGGAGAACGACUGGCCCUCACGCUGGCAAAAUGCUCAUUAAUCACAUAUGCCCUCAUUAAUCGCUAUCCACUUUAUUGAAUUAGCAAUGACAACAGGGACUUGGACCAUUUGUUAUCAGAAGCCUAUUUAUUUAACAACCAGUGGUUCCCGGAUUUUAGAUGAUUUGGUGUGCAAAAGACAACUGGAUCACAUGUUAUGACUCCUGUGGAGUUGAGGACUUAAUGGGACUGAUUGUCGUUUUGUACUUGUUACCAAUACUGUAGUUCAGAUUAUCUCAACCGGCACAUUCUUUUCUUUUUCAAAAGGUUCCUCAUUCUCUGAAUUGUUGUGUGUUCAAGUGUUGGUGUACCCACAAAAAUAAUGAGGCGGCUAGAGCAUAAAAAGUAGAGCUGUGUUAACCAACAGCACGUAAAGAAGGUGAGGUGGGAAAAGGAGAACGAGAUUAAAAGGGUGAAUUGUUCAUCAAUUGUAAUUUUUUUAGAACAGUGACCAUGAUAAGAAUUAAUGUAGUAUAUAUCAUAUGGCAAAGAUGACAGUGUUGCGUUUUGGUCUUUAUAGUCUCAUAAAAAUAGGAAUAAUCUCCAAAUAAUGUAUUGUUCGUAUUCAUAGUUAAUGAGUUGAUUAUUUUGGGAUAGUUUGAUGAAGCUGAGAUUGUGUUUUUCAAUUUCACUACAGUUUGAAUUCUAAUUAGGAAUUUGCCCUUACGCAGAGAUAUAUUGAAUGUGGUUCCAAUUCCUCUCCCCAACCCCACUUGAAGCAAAUAAAAGCUAGAUGGUUUACAUAUUCUUGCUAAUCUUAUUAACUUUCCCUCAAUAAUACUUUUAAAAAAAAAUCAUAUCCUCAUAUCAUCAUUUACUUUAAUCAUGUCAAUUAAAAUAC